AUGUCUCUUAACUCUGCUCCGCAUAUCCCUCUCGAUGAUAAACUCUGUAUAUUCUGUCAGCAGAAGCCUCGAUCACGAGAGCGAAUUGUUACAGUGUUGGAUUGUGAAACCUCCAAGGCCUACACAUCUGCUUAUGAAAUGCCAAUGGCCUCACGAUCGCCACGACUCCAUAGAAGAUCCCAAUAUGUCUAUGGCAAUGGCGAAGCUAUACAGUGGCUGCUCUGCAUUCGACCAGGCUGCAUACCAUGUACGACGUCUCCAAAAUUGAUAUUGUUUCACGCCGACUGUCAUUCUGCCUUCCGAGUUCUCUGGGAGAGGAAUGGUAUCGAACUACCACCCUCGAGCCCUUCUGCUUUACUUGAUUUUGCAUCAAUACUAAGCCCGUGGUUGCCACCUGUAGACAAACCCCCAUCACAUUUGUGGUGGAGCCGGAGUUUGAAGAAGAUGUCUGUUUUACCUGCUAAACCGACAGAAUUAGGUAGCUUUGUUAGUUCGCUAUCAACAUUGCCACUAGAGUUGCUAGGGCUCAUAUUAGAAGCAGGUGGUUACGGUAUGUACCAUUCGGCUUUGCUUAGGCAUGUUUUAGUCGCCCACGUUGCAGGUGUGGUAUCAGGGCAGGCAAAACAGGUCUGCAUGCCAGCUCUCGAUUUUCUCGAUAACCAGUACAUGGUUUCCGAGAAGGAUGCUGGUGUAGCUGAACCACUGGGUGUGGAUUAUCUUGGGGUGCGUAUGGUCUCUGAUAAUUCGCCAUGGUAUCUACAAACGAAAGACGUAGAGCUGCGUUAUCAGUAUCCCUUUCUUCGCCCCUUGCUAAACCGGCAGCUCGAAAUGUGGGAUGUUCCAAAACUACCCGAUGAUGGGAGCUACCGGUUCCACAGCCCAGAUGAAAACAAAUCCAACCUGAAGCAGAUACGAAGCAUUAAUUUUUCUGGCCUUACGGGCUUGACAUUCCUCUGCGGUUCGAAGGCAAUAUAUGCCAUUCACAAACACCAAACUCACCAUUCAUCGGCUCUCGAUACGUUUUUAAGUUUGAGCCCGGUUAUCAAGAGAAUUGUCGUUCUAUUAUAUUUCCCUUUUGAUAUAGGGCGCGAGAUAAUUAACCAGAUCUGGAUUCGUGAAACUUACCCAAAUCAUACAAGUAGCCGCACAGUCAUGAUUCGCACGUCUCAGCGUACCCUGAACUUUGGCCCUAACGGUCAUUGCCAAGAGAGUUAUUAUUUUCAGCUAACAGAUGGCCCAACAACUUCUCUAUUAUACCAUGUCCCAGCAAGCGGACAGCCUAUUUCGGUUUUCGGAGCAGCAUCGAAGUCUUUAGCCAGGUACCCAAGCCCCAAGCCACCUGUAAUCCCGGAAAUUGGAGAAGUCGCAAACGUGCAUCGUACUCGAGUUUCCCUAAAAGAUGUCGCGCAUGUCGAAGUGUACACUCAUAUCCUGCAAAACAUAUGUAGUGGAAUCUUGGUAAAGUACGACGACGGACGGGAGGAAUCUCUAGGCCAACGGCGCGCCGGUUUACCCGGCGUUCAGACUAUAUUAGUAUCCAAACCAUCUCAGCUACACUACAAGCGCUUCCAAACCGAGGAUAACAACUGGCGUCUAAAUAUCAUCUUCUCUACGUGCGAUAGCCCAAAGACUGUCGAUGCAGAAGAAGGCUGGCUAAGUCAGGCUAUGGGCGGGGAAGUAGCAUGGUCUGUCUCCUGGAGGAGCGACCAAUUACAUUUUUUUGAUGCGGAAUGA